GUUAAUUAGUAUUAUAAGGUCACAAAAAGGUUUCUUUUCAAACUACUUAGGUGAUGUACAAUCUUGAGAUUUUGGAUUGGGAUGAAAAGUACGGAAAGAAACUGGAACAAACGAGUACGUUUAGACUGUUUAUCAAUAUUCAAAGAUAAUGAUGUGAAAAGCCUAAAUUCUACUGUUUCUGAUAUGAUGAGACAAGGAAUUCCAGAGAAAAAUCUCUGUUUAUUAUUUUGUGGUGGAUCAAAAUGUAAAUACUGCAACCCAUCAUUGUUUUUUGGGGCAUCAGACAUGCACUUAAAUGGCUUGUACUCUACCUGGAUUACAAAAAAUAUACUGGCAACCUCUAGACCUAGUGAGAAAAUUAUCAAAGAAUUUAACAUCAUUGAGCAGUUUAAGAGGAUGAAUAUAUGUUCUAUAUUUAACAUGCAAACUGCAAGGGAACAUAGUAGUUGCGGCAAUGGUGUACUUAGUUCUGGAUUUUCUUAUGAUCCAUCAAGCUUUAUGAAAAACAAUAUUUCCUAUUACAAUUUUAGCUGGUGUGACUACAGUGUUGCAUCACUUCAGUUUAUCUUGGAUACAGUUAUGGUAAUCCAGUUUGCAAUAUUUAGAGGAAAAGUCGCAGUUCACUGUCAUGCCGGGCUAGGUAGAACUGGGGUAAUAAUUGCCUGUUAUCUAGUAUUUAACAACCGCAUCUCCGCCGGUGAAGCAAUACAGUAUAUUAGAUUUCGAAGGCCAGGGUCUAUACAAACUCAGAACCAAGUUGACUGCAUAUAUCAAUUUGAAAAGUAUCUGUAUCUUUAUCGAAUUCACUUUGGGUCACAUGGACAAUUCAGUUUAGAAGCAUUCCUUAAACGUCAAAACGUUUUGUCACAUGGACCAGAAGGAAGAAAGCUAAAAAAUGUCCCGAAAAUGGAGAACGGAUUAACUUGUAAAUAAAUAUAUUCUGACAUUUGUGGUUUGCAAAAUCAAAGUAAAAUCCUUCAGCUUUACUUACCAAUUACUUUCAAAUUAAAA